UCAGGCUUCGCUUCCGUGUUUACACACCCACAAAAAACAGGACACUGGCGGCCGUCGGAUGAAUGUUUACCGAGCGGGCAUAGAGCGGUGGUGCGGAAAGUGACAGACACGCUGGAGGCUCGGUGUAUGGUGAGACACAGGUGAUUUCGGCUUCCACGGUUGCAUCCUACAGCGGAAUGUUCACUCGCAGGGGGCAUGGAGACGUCAAGAAAUCUACACAGAAAGUUCUGGACCCAAAGAAGGAUGUGCUGACCCGGCUCAAACACCUUCGGUCGCUGCUAGAUAUCAUUGACAGGAGCGAGCUGAAGUCAUUCUUCGAGAGCAACUGUUCUCAGAUAUAUUUUAUCUUCUAUGAAAAUUUCAUUACACUGGAAAGCAACUUAAAGCAAAAAGGGAACAAAUCGCAACGGGAGGAGCUGGACUCCAUCCUCUUUAUUUUUGAAAAAAUUCUACAACUCCUGCCUGAGAAAAUCUACAACCGAUGGCAGUUUCACAGCGUAGGUUCCAUUCUGAAAAAGCUUCUACACACUGGAAAUUCAUUUAAGAUUCGCUGUGAGGGAAUCCGUCUCUUCCUGCUCUGGCUUCAGGCCCUGAGGGACAACUGUGCCGAGGAGCAGUUCCUCAUCUUUGCCUGCCUGGUGCCUGGGUUCCCUGCUGUGCCCUCCACCAGAGGCCCCUGCACUCUCGACACUAUAAUUUACAACCCCUUCUCCAAUCCACCUGAUGCAAAAGUGGUCCCUGAGGAGAUUACCCCGCUGGUUCCCGCUGUGGUGGGAGAAAAGGUUGCAGAUGACCAGACCUGUUUUAUCCUCGAAACCCUGCUCAAGUACAUGGUCAUACAGGCAUCCAGUUUAGAAUGGAAGAACAAAGAGAACCAGCACACAGGCUUCAGGUUCCUCUUUAGCCUGUUCAAGAAGUACUACCUUCCACAUCUGUUCCCCUCCUUCACUAAACUCACAAAUCUCUACAAGCCUUUAUUAGACCUCCCCCACCACAGACCAAAGCCCUUGUACGUGCCAGUAACACGGAACAACGAGAGUACCUUCUGCACCAGGGACCAAUACCUGGCACCCCGUGUGGCCUUCAUCAAUUGGCUGGUCACAUUCUUCCUGGAGAAGAAGUAUGUCAGCAGUGCCACAGCGGCGCAGGGCGCCAAAAACGGCACCGAGGUCAUUCCCAAGCUUAUCCAGACUGUCACUGCAGGCGGUAUCAGCCAGGAGAAGGAGAAGGCGUCGGACGGCGACGCGAAUGGCCCGUCGGGGGAGCCUGAGAAGAGCCACUCCAACAGCAGCACACUCUCAGAUCGACGACCCAGCGAUUCCAGUUUGUGUAGCAUCGAGGAGGAGCACCGCUAUGUCUAUGACAUGGUGCAGAACAUCCUGCUGUCCACCAGAGACAAUGUGAAUUUUGUCAAUGAGGUCUUCCAUCAGGCUUUCUUGCUGCCGUCUUGCGAGGCAUCAGCGACCCGGAAAGUAAUCAAAGUAUACAGGAAGUGGAUCCUGCAGGAGAAGCCCAGCUUCAUGACAGAGCCUGACCGGGCCACUCACGAUGAAGUGGACGACAACUCUGAACACAUCCUCAGCGCCGAGACAAACAGCAUGCACUCACAGGUGAUGGAGAGUCAUGGUCACAGGCGGUCAUCCAGCUGGGGCAGGACCUACUCAUUCAGUAGCGCCAUCAAUCGAGGGUUCCUCACCGAAGAGCAGAACAGGGACAUCAAGGCUGGUGUUCAGCCAACACUACAGGUGUUCCUGACCAACUCGUCCAAUGUGUUUCUCUUGGAGCCUUGCUACGACGUACCUAAGCUCCUCGAAAACCAGGUUGAGGUGUGCAAGGGUGUUCUCAGCAUCUACAGGCACAUGAUUAUGGAGCACACAAUGAACACUCAAACAUGGGAACAGAUGCUGCAGGUCCUGUUAAGGAUCACUGAGGCGGUGAUGAAGAGGCCACUGGAAAACCAAAGAAAAGACAGCUUUGCUGAAAGUUUAGCGUCUUUAAUCUUUAGGACCAUCAUUGUGGCAUGGGUGCGCGCCAACCUGUGCGUAUUCAUCUCCCGGGAGUUGUGGGACGAGCUGCUGGCAGUGCUGUCCUCUCUCACCUGCUGGGAGGAGCUGGUGACGGAGUGGGCCAGCAUCAUGGACUCAUUGACGGCUGUGCUGGCACGCUCCGUGUAUUGCCUGGACAUGGCCAACCUGCCUCUGGACAAGCUCAGCGAACAGAAGGAGAAGAGGCAGCGAGGACGUGGAGUGAUCCACGAUUCUCAGAAGGCUGCAGCAGUGGCACGCUCCUUCUCGCUGAGUUGGCGAACGCAAGCGGAUCAGGGCGGGCCAGGAGCUCAGGAGCCCAUGAGGAUUCGCUCCGCCACCACCUCGGGAGCACCUGGGGUGGAGAAGGCCCGGAACAACGUCCGACAGAAGGCCUCAGCUAAACGAAGCCAGUCCAUCAGCAACUGUGUUCACCUAUACGAGGCUUUGCCCCCAACUAAAAGCGUUCCUAUGCUGCUCCACACUGUGAGCUCUUUCUUGCCUGGUAUUUCCUCUGGUAACUCUGCUUGCUCUCACAGACUUUCAGAUGUGGAGGAGUGCCAGCUGUCAGAAUGUGGGGGAGAGGAGGAGAUGGGAGGCGGCGACAGCCCCCUGCCGCGCAGCAGCAGCACCUCAGACCUCACCCAAAAGUUUUCUGACACUUUACCAGCCCAGAAGAGAGAGCACUCCCCUACUUCCUGCGGCUCCGAUAGGAUAUCUGAGGAAAAGAGGGAGAGCAUUGAGCCACCAGUGAUUCUCAUUCGCCAGAGCAGCAAUCCAGCCGAGACAGAGUGCAAUACAGAGGGAGGCACAAAUUGCACAAGGCCUAAGCUCAGAGAGAAAAGUGAGAGCAUAAGCAGUGAGAUAUCCAACGGCUACCUCAAUGAAGCUGAAAUUACGUGGCAGGCUUUCGACGAGGAGGGUGACACACAGUCCACACAGUCCGCCCACAUGGACGUGAUGACGGACCCCCAGAACCACGGCAGCCUGCUGCUCAGCCAAAAUGACGCCCUAGCAGGUCCCGUGUGUCCCCUUCUUUCUCACUCAACACACCUGCACCACAACCACUACCCCCAGAACCCCCCCGCCUCACCAGCCCUAAUGGUGCACACAGAGUGCCCACGGGACUGCCCCCUGGACGACACCAUGCAUCAGUCUGUCUUACACAUGCCACACCACUUGGACAGCAGUGAGUGUCUGGCUGAUGAUGUCAGCAUCAUUGCUGGUGGAACCCUGACUGGUUGGCAUGCUGAUUCAGCAUUUGUUCUUUGGAGAAGGAUAUUGGGUAUCCUGGGUGAUGUCAACAACAUCCGCUGUCCCAAAAUCCAUGCCAAGGUCUUUUCCUACCUCUAUGAGCUCUGGCACAAGCUGGCCAAGAUCCGGGACAACCUUGGGAUCAGUGCGGACAACCAGUCUUCUCCUCCCCAGCCCGCCUUCAUCCCUCCUCUUCGAAUGCUCGCCUCGUGGCUCUUCAGGGCCACGAUGCUGCCGACGGAGUACAAGGCCGGCAAGCUGCAGGCCUACAAGCUGAUCAGUGAGAUGAUGACCCGGCACCAGGAUCUGCUCCCCAACAGCGAUUUCUUGGUGCACCUCUACCACAUAAUGCACAAGGGCUUCACCAGCAAUGACCAGGACGUGCUGAACACCAUCGUUUGCUCGUGCUCACCUCGGUUCUUCUUCCUCGGCCUGCCUGGGUUCACCCUGCUGAUCGGAGAUUUCAUUACUGCCGCCGCUCGUGUCCUCAGCUCCGACUCCUUAGAGGCUCCGAGGAUGGAGGCUCAGACAAUCCUGGGCUCCCUUGUGUGUUUCCCCAACCUCUACCUCCAGAUUCCUGUACUACAGCAUGUGCCUGGCUCUGAAGAAAUAGUUGUAAGCAAUGAGGAUAUCAAGGAUUAUCUUGUCAACAUCCUUUUGGAAACUGCCAGGAGGGAACACUGUGAAGAGGCCAGGUGCAUUGCUGUGUGCAGUCUGGGUCUGUGGGUGUGCGAGGAACUCAUGCAAACGAACAUCCACUACCAGGUUAAAGAUGCCAUCAACGUUUUGGGAGUAACACUAAAGUUUGGGAACAAAGCAGUGGCUCAAGUAGCCUGUGACGUGUUUCAGCUGCUCAUCUGUCACUGGCAGCAUCUCCAGAGGCUCGAGCCCACUCUGCCGAAGAAAAUCAUCGAGAUCUUUGUGGCCACAAUAGCCUUUUUGUUGCCAAGCGCAGAGCACUCAACGGUGGAAGCAGACAAAAAGGUGCUGGUGUCCCUGCUUCUCUGCCUGUUGGACUGGAGCAUGGCUGUGCCUUUGAGCGUGCUGCUGGAACCCGCCACCAUGCCGUCGGUGGAGGACAUCACAUCCAGCAGGGCCCCGUUGCUGGACUACAUCUACAGAGUGCUGCACUGCUGCGUGUCUGGCUCCAACCUGCACACCCAACAAAGCCACUACCUCCUCAGUCUGUCUGACUUGUCCAGUGACUAUGACCUCAUGUUGGGUCAGGUCAAGAACUUUGAGUCACCGCCCUCUCAGAAUAAUGCUACUGACCUGAGCAACCUUCUCACGGUAGCGGAAGAAAAACGACGGCGCAAUAUGGAGCUGAUCCCCCUGACGGCACGGAUGGUCAUGACACACCUGGUCAACCACCUGGGCCAUCACCCGCUGAGCGGCGGCCCUGCUCUCCUCCACAGCCUCGUGAGCGAAAACCACGACAAUCCCUACGUGGAGUCGUCCGAGCUGUCGUCUGAGGUUUUUAAAAGCCCAAACCUGCAGCUGUUCGUCUUCAAUGACAGCACGCUGCUGUCCUACCUGCAGAUCCCCACAGAGACUCCUACAGUUGGACAACCUCCCCAUCCUUCCUCCCAAGUGCGAGUCAUUGUCCGGGACAUCUCGGGCAAAUACUCAUGGGACGGCACCAUUCUCUACUGCACCAGCCACGAGGACUCUGCUGAUGUGGCCGCUUUUAACGCCAUGGAUCAACCCGUUUCCAGCAGCACUACGGUCCUUCAAAGUAGAAACCAACCACCAUCUCCAACAAUAGGACCCUCCAAAAACCAUUGCUCGGCAUCGGACUCUGACUUGUGUGAGGAAGAGGAGGUAUGCGUCCUGGAUAAGCUCCUGGAGGAUCUUGGCCACACCAGCCCAGAAUGUCUGCUGCAGCCACAGGUCAAGCUCAACCAGCCAGCCCCUUCACCUCAUGGCAUGACCCUGGAGCAAGAAAACACCAUCUUGGAGGCCAUUCUUAGUCAGACACAGCAGGAGGAGGAGCAAGUGAGGAGGUGGAACGCUGAUGUAAGCUUUCAGGCUGCCUCCCAGACGGAACCGUCCCACCAAGAACCAAAAGCUCCCUUCUACUUCUGCCGACUGCUGCUAAAUGACCUUGGCAUGAACUCUUGGGAUCGCAGGAAAAGUUUCCAGUUGCUGAAGAAAAACUCAAAGCUCUUGAGGGAACUGAAGAACUUGGAUUCGAGGCAGUGCCGAGAAACCCACAAGAUUGCGGUGUUCUACAUUGGUGAAGGCCAAGAAGACAAGUGCUCAAUCUUGUCCAACAGCGCUGGCAGUCAGGCUUAUGAGGAGUUUGUAUCUGGACUGGGAUGGGAGGUGGACCUGGCCACACAUUGUGGUUUUAUGGGUGGACUCCAGAGGAAUGGCAGCACGGGUCUCACAGCUCCUUACUAUGCUACCUCCACCGUGGAAGCCAUCUUCCAUGUCUCCACACGCAUGCCAUCUGACUCUGAUGACUCUCUCACCAAAAAGCUGCGUCACUUGGGAAACGACGAGGUGCACAUAGUGUGGUCAGAGCACACCAGAGACUACCGACGCGGCAUCAUCCCGACGGACUUCGGAGACGUCCUGAUCGUCAUCUACCCAAUGAAGAACCACAUGUAUUUCAUCCAGAUCAUGAAGAAACCGCAGGUUCCUUUCUUUGGCCCUCUGUUUAAUGGCGCCAUCAUCACUGGAACGCUGCUGCCUAGCUUGGUGCGGGCCACCUGUAUCAACGCCAGCAGAGCCGUCAAGUCCCGGCUGACCCUCUAUCAGAGCUUUUACGAGGAGCGGGCGCUCUACUUGGAGGCUAUUGUUCAGAACCACCGAGAGGUCAUGACCUUCGAAGACUUUGCCUCCCAGGUCUUCUCCCCCUCCCCCGGCUACCCCAUGAGUGGGACAGCGUGCAGGCGUUGGCCAGGGAUGGUUUGGGACAUGGAGUACCCCUGGGCCAAACUGGACUGCUCCUUCACCGGCAGCGCCAGCACGGACUCCGGCGCUCCGGCGGCGGCGGCCGACUCGUCCGACCAGGUCUCUCCCAACAUGCCCCGGGCCACGAGGAACAGGGUCUCUGGGAAGCUCCGCCGCUCGGCCAGCGCGAUAAGCAAGUCGUCGAACUGAGCCGCCGCCUCCUCCUCUUCCGGGUGCAGCCUUUGCCGUUUGCUUGAAGAACACCCAGCCGUGACUGCAAGAGGUCCUUCUGUUUUUUGGUUUCUGUUGUGGUUCGGAUUUUGCUGUGUUUUAUUACAUGUAAACUGGAGCAUAUUGCAAUUUUUAAUUUAAGUGGCAGUCCUUUUAUUUCAUUGAUAGUUUUCCAUUUCUUGUUGUGUAACUAAGUUAUUUACAUUGAUCCUGGUAGUUUCAAGAAUCAGCAACAUAGGAAGAAUUGACUGAGAGGAAUGCAGCCUGUGAUAAAACUUUUUUUUUUCAUUUUUUAAUUUCAUUGUCUAUUGCAGUCUUAACGCACUAGAUGAACACAAACGUUCUCACUGUGUCUGUGGGAAGGGGAGACUGACGGAGCCCCCGUCUCUGUCAGCACUUAACGUAACCAAGCACUGAAUGACCACUAUGCUACAAAUGCACGCGAGGUCGCUGUCAUUUAGAAAGCGCAUCUGCCUUCUGACCUCCAUCAAACACGUCAUCCUGCUCGUAUUCGAGGACCGUCCUUCCACAUAAGGAGACGGACGUAUGGGGAAACCUCUGUAUGGUUUAUACUCACUUCACUGCAGAUCCUGAGCACAGAGGCUCUGUCGUACAGGCAGUCACAGGCUUUUUAAUAGUUUUCAUUCCAGAGUGGACAAUCAAUGACCUUUUUCUAACCGAAGGCUGGUUUGUUUGUUGUUUUUUAUCGCUCUAAUUUUCCCUUUUUAAAUGAAUUCCGAUGGAUCGCGUCAUGAUUUGAUUUAUGCAACUCCUCUGGAAUGAGAAAAGACUGCGUUUGUAAUUGUUUUCUGAUGUUGUUAACAUAGGCUCAUGUCCGGUAAUUGAAUAAGUUCCUCCUGUCUCUUUCCUCUAUCGGUUUCUCCGUCCCACGGAGCUAAACACGGCAACAUUCCGACGUUUUUGCACUUGUUAUUGAUCAUGUAGGACGUCUCCUGUUGUUUUUUUUCGAUGUGAAUUGCUUUAAGUUUAAUUUGCUGGUGUCUGAUAGAUGUACAUAGAGAGAGAACUAUGUGAUGAUCGAGUUCACAGUUUUAUGUAUUCAUGUGCUGUUUAGAGGAAAAAUACUGCUAGGGCCUCAGGUGAAUCUUAACUUCAUGCACUUCUGUAACGUGGUUACAGAAGCGACCUGCGGGGUUGGGGUUAGGUCGCUGUGUGUGUGUGUGUGUGUGUGUGUGUGUGUGUGUGUGUGUGUGUGUGUGUGUGUGUGUGUCUGUGUGUGUGUCUGUGUGUGUGUGUGUGUGUGUGUGUGUGUGUGUGUGUGUGUGUGUGUGUGUGUGUGUGUGUGUGUGUGUGUGUGUGUGUGUGUGUGUGUGUGUGUGUGUGUGUGUGUGUGUGUGUGUGUGUGUGUGUGUGACUGACUUUAGGAGGGAGCUUCUCACAGUGCCUGUGUAGUGUCUGUCCUCUAAGAAGCUGUCUCACUUCUUGACCUCCUCUCCCAAUAAUCAUAUUUUGCCGUUUCCUCUUCAUCAUGUGACACAAACCGUGGCUGCCCUGUGUCACGUCUCCUCGUGGGCCGUCUAAGGUAAAGCGUCUGUAAAGGUCAGGGUAUCGUACUUCUCAUGGCCAAACCAACAAGAACAGAUGGAUUCAGAUUAGGGGCGUUACUGUUUUUACUCCAGGUGCUGCACCGCUCGGUCGGCUUAUCCGCGAAUGCAGCCUCCUCCUCGUUCCCGUCAUCGUCUCCCUGUGUGCCCUCCUGAAGCCGGGGGGUGGAGGCUCUAGGUGGCAUGCCAGAGCUGGGCUCCCUAAGAGCCCUCCUAGCAACAGCCAAGUCGCUGUUCUCACUUCUCCAGCCUGCCCCUGCUAGGUUGUCAUGGUAGCCAGGUGUUCCCCACACACACACACACACACACUGUACACUCACACCCUCCGAGGGCUCCACCCAAGCUGCAACACUAUCCCCAUCUGUUGCACUACUAUGCCUUACUUUCACCACGUUCCCCAGGCAUUUUUUUUUUCUCUGCCACAUUUUGCCUUUUUUUUUUAAUUUGGUUGUUGCUUGAGAUCCAAUCACCAGAGGUAAAUUCAUGUGUGUGUGUGCUUCUUUUUCUUGUUGUUUGAAGAAUGUAUAGAUCUAAACAGUAGGCCUGGAUCACAUCUAUGGUUUUUAUCCUCCCUCCCCUCCCUCAAGCCCCCUCAAGGUACCGCCCAGGAUGCUGAUCUAAAGAUUGUAGGUAAUAGAUGAUGUCUGUUGAUCCUCUUUUGGUGGCGUAGUCACUGGAAAUGUUAGUUCGGACCAAGAUAAGGAUUGUGACUCUUAUACGUGAAGAAACUGAGCUAGUGUUAGUCCUAGGAUGUUUUUUUUCUCUUCUUGUUUUAGAAAUUCUUGUACAUUGUGUCAAAUUGGAGACUUUGGCAUCCUCUGAAUAUAAAUAUAUUAAUGCCUGUAAUACUGUAUAAUCUUUUAUAAAGAGAAAGAGGAGAAAAGCUUGAAGAUUUCAUCAUUACCCGUCAACAUAUCAAACUGUUUUUAACGACUGGAAUCUUGCUCUCUUUAUUAGAAAUGUGAAAAAUGAAACAUUUCAUUAAAUCAGUUUGAAAUUCUA